AUGGUAGUUUUAUUAUUAUUUAAUAAAGCAUUAAAUUGGACAGUUGAACGAAUGCAAGAUGAAACACAAAUAAAAUCCGAGUUAUUAUUACAAGUUCUUUUUGGUUUAUUGAAGAGUAAAUUAUUAGUAUGUACAGAUAUUAAUGAAGAUGAAUUAGAUGAAGAUUUAAAAGAUACUGAUAUUAAAUUAAAUUAUUCCAUUCGAUUAGCGACUAAUUUUAAGAGUAAAAAACUUCGAAUAAAUUUAAAUGUUCCAUUAAAAUCAGUUGAACAAAAAGAUAUUGAAGGUGUUCAUCGAACGAUCAAUGAUGAUCGUAAAAUGGUUAUUCAAGCAGCAAUUGUUCGAAUAAUGAAAGCUCGACAAACAUUAAAACAUGCUUUAUUAAUGCAAGAAGUUAUUCAACAAUUAAGUUCACGUUUCAAACCCAACAUUCCUGUUAUUAAAAAAUGUAUUGAUAUAUUAAUUGAAAAAGAAUAUCUUGAACGUCAACCAAAUGAUAAAGAUGUAUUACGUUAUUUAGCAUAA